GUUUACAUUCUACACCUAAUAUAAAGCAAAACAUUGAACUUAAAUAUAACACGUUUUAUCUUAACUUGUUACACUUCGCCUAUUUUUGUAGACCGAUUGAUUGGAGUGAAUCCAACUGAUGUUCACCAACGAGUCGUUUUUCCUUUAGUUCCCAGUUAAAAAAAUACAUCGUAAUGAAUUCGACGUCUUUUUUGCAAAACCUAAAUGGUUCUGAUACGACUAUCACCUCCGUUUACAUCCGUCUGUUGGAUAAGGAUAUCGUCGAUAAUGUUCCGUUUGAUCGAGAUAUGCUUAAGGACUUUUUCAAAGGUUUAGGUCGAAUGUUCUAUAUAGUGCAUCCUGCUGAAACCACCUACCAAGACCCUCAGGCUGUGCCAGAAUUUUUCCAAAAUGCCUGGCCCUACUUCCUGUUGUUCAUGUUAAUCGAAAAUAUAAUUUUAUUUAUGGAAAAUAAGCCGAUUUAUAGACUUAAUGAUGGACUAACCAGUAUUUCUCAUGGCUUAAUACAACACUCCGGAAAAUUAAUAUUUAGAGGCAGUGAGAGUUAUUUGUAUUUUUACAUACAUCAACAUUUUUGCCUUAUAAAUCUUCCUUGGAACAAUUCGAUGACAUGGUAUUUAGCAGCACUAGGAGUAGAUUUUUGUUACUACUGGGUCCAUAGAGCUUGUCAUGAGGUCCAUAUUUUAUGGGCUCAACAUCAAGUGCAUCACAGUUCAGAAGAAUUUAACCUGGCUGUAGGCUUGCGACAGUCCCUCUUUCAUGGAUGGUGUGGAUUUUUGUUCUAUCUACCUUUGGCGUUUGUUAUACCACCAGCACAUUUUGUGACUCAUCAACAGUUCAACCUACUGUACCAGUUCUGGAUCCAUACAGUAACUGUCACCACCCUUGGACCUCUAGAGUAUAUAUUUAAUACUCCACAGCACCAUAGAGUACAUCAUGGAAGUAACAUUUAUUGUUUGGAUAAAAAUUUUGGAGGCGUUUUAAUCAUUUGGGAUCGUCUAUUUGGAACUUUUGCCAGUGAGAAGAAAGACGAGGAAAUUAUUUAUGGUCUUGUUUUUAAUCAACCAUCGUUUAACCCACUUCAUCUUCAGAGUUUUUACACAAGAUACGUAAUUGAAAGAUUCAACAGCAUGAAAUCGUGGAACAAUAAAUUAGCUGCUAUAUUUUACGGUCCAAGCUGGCAACCUGGUAAACCUCGAUUGGGAUUGGAAGAGGAUAAAGUAAAAGUAACCAAAAGAGAAAAAUAUAAUAUCAGUCUUCCUUUUUGGUGCAAUGCUUACCUUCUCUUACAUUUUUCUUUGGUAGUUUAUGGAUAUCAGUACUUAGCGACUCUUCAUAUGACUAUAAAUCCACUAUCAGUUCUGAUGUUCGUGAUAUAUAUUAUCGCCUCCCUCACAACCAUCGGUAUGCUCUUCGACAACAAACCUUACGCUUGUAUCCUGGAACUGCUAAGAUGCAUGCUACUUGUAACUGCAAUACAACGAAUCAAUUUCAACAGAGUCGACAGCGAUGUCUUAACAUACGUAGAAGCUUUUUUCUUGCUGUCAGCGCUAUUUUGGUUCCUCCAAAGUAUAAAAGUCCUCCAAGUAUUAAAAAUGAAUGUUAAGUAGAAUUCUUUACUUGUAAACUGCUGUAAAUGUUAUGACUGAUUUUAAUUGUGAUGUAGGUGUUAAGUUUAUAGUGAUAUACUUCAAAAGUAAUUAUUGUCUAGUGUUAAAUUGUAUCAAUUUACAAAUUGUAUUAUUUAUUAUUUUAAUGGUAAUAAACAAAUGUUUCAAUUUA